CUAUUCUAUAGAAUUGCUGUGAAGAACUUUUUGUAGUAGUUUAUUUUAAAGAGUGUAGUUUAGGAUGAAAGUUAAAGGUACCCAGACCUCAAGGAACACAAACAGACCUCCUGUAUUAUGGAUUCUGCUUGUAGCCUCACAACAUCCCAUAUCCAUAUUUGCUUAUUUCCCACAAUUUCCAAGCUUCCUAAAAAUGAAUAUGCAUUACGUUUGCAGUGAAUCCAUUAGCAUGGCAGAAUAAUAAUGAAGAAAAAGUGCUUUCAAAAAUGCAAUUAAUCUUAUGUAAAACGGCUGCUCAGUGCCUCUAAUUAGAUGCCAUUUUAAUAACUGUGUAUGUUAUACAAGAAACACAGUUUAACACAGGUAGUAAACACCAUUGUUCAUUUGUUUGAUUACAGAAAAGCUACGGUAUAUAAAUUUCGCUUACCAGAAUAACCUAGUCACUCUUAUAAAUGCUCAAGAGAAGUACUGCAACAGGGCAGGCUAUACACCACACUUCAACUGAUAUAUCUGUAUUCAGCCAAACAAAAGCGAAUUUAAAUAAACAUAAAUGCGUUUAAAACGUGAAAUUGGAUCCGUGUGUUUGGCAUUCAGGCUGUGCGUUACAGCAAAAUGAACAUGGCGUUGUGGGAGUGGAUGCUUUUGGCAAAGGAUUACACUGAGCCUGCAGAAUCAAACAAACACUACAUUAAUAAAAACACCGGUCUAUGUUCUAGAAGCCUGUUGUCAUCAUAUUUGUGUUAUCCUAUUGUAGGUGAAAACCAGGUCCUCCCACGAUGGCUUCGGGCUGAUGACAUCUUCAAAUGUUAUUUUCUAUCACAGGUCAGACAUCGGGUCUGCAUGCAGCUAGGGAUUGAAGAAAGGUUAUUUUCUCUUCAGGCUGUGAUGUGAACCUUUCUGUACUGAGAGCUACAGACAUUCCUGAUAUACUGAUAGUGGCUUUGGCUGUCAAUCAACAUGCUGUGUCAAAAACGAUAGAAACUGUGUUAAAAUAUACCACAAGUGUGUGCAUUCCUGCUAUUGAAAUUUACAAUUUGCUAUAUCAAUGAUGACUGUCAGUUUGUGUUAAAUGGAUAAAAUUACAAGAUUAGUCGGUUAUCUUUAGCAAUAACAACAAGCCUGCGAUUGGAGGUGAAAACAAAUCUGCCUAUUGUGUAGCCAGGUGUUCAACAUGUUCAUUUAUUCAUAGGCUUCAAGAAAGGAGGUCUAGGUAUGGGCUGGAUGCCGGGCCACUGCGGUUAUCUUCACCGCUCCCUGACCGAGGAGGAAAGAGGCAGGCGAGCACAUUAAUGAUGCAUAGGGACCGGUACGUUCAGUUUAAAGUUCUCCAUGCUCUGUGCAGGCCCGCUGAAAUAUGCAUGAGCUACACUGCAUGUGCAGGCUGCAGCACGGCACGUUACUUUCCACCCAAGCCAAGGGCGCAGCGUUUGCAGACGCGCUUGCAGCAACUGCGGGCUCUUCUGAUAAAGCAUGCUCGAGUCGUCUAACAGCGACCUCCAACAUGUCAGAAUCCGUUAUCACUUUGUGGCGCGCAAUGCCAACGAGCUCACCGUGCAGCAGGGAGAGAUACUGGAGGUCUUGGAAAACAAUAAACAGUGGUGGCUGCUGAGAAACCGCAGUGGUCAGUCAGGCUACGUGCCUUGUAAUGUGCUAGAAGAGGUCAAACCAGAAGAGCAGCAUUACAACCGCGCUGCUCUCUUUAACAGCCAGGCUGUGAAUCCUUACAAAGGAACUCCAACUGCUCCUGUAAAUCAUGUAGAGGUUUUGGAGAUGAAUAAAUCCUCCAGGGACAAAGACAACCGCAGCCAACAGAAGGAGGUAAACGAUGAGCUGUUGAAGAGGAUAACGGACAGUAAGGCUCAACCACCGGCGCGUAACUUUAGGGUAGAGCGAUCGUGCAGAACCGUGCCCAUCACGCAGACAUCUGAGCCCUUUGAGGUGCACGCUUGGCUUAAUGCCAAGGGUUUCUCCAGGCCGGUGGUGGAUUGUCUGGGUAGCCUAAAUGGUGCUCAGCUUUUUUCUCUUAGCAAGGAUGAGCUGAGGGCCGUGUGUGGGGACGAGGGCUCGCGCGUCUUCAGUCAGCUCAGUGUGGAGAAAGCCCAAAUAGAGAAAAGUCACGGUGACACAGAGCUGCAGGAGAUCAUGAGACGACGGCAACAGGAAGUGGAAGCCUCAACCUGGGAAUGAUUACAGUCAAUCGCAAUAAUUUCAUCGCAUUUUCUUCAAUACUCUUGUUCACCCGACAAUCAACAGCCACCCAGAGGAAUUCAGAACAGAUGGACUAAACAGCUCCAGUCAUUACUGUAACCGUGUCCAGCCCAUUUCCUUUAUGACCUGUACAAUGUAGUGCUUAACAUAAGUGCUUUAAACUGAUGAACAUGAAUGCAUUGGGAUUAAAGUCUUUAACCUCCAUUUAAAGUGAUAAAAAUGACAUUGAGCAUCGACUAAUAAGUCCUAAUAUUUGAAACAAGUAGUCUGUCACUGCAUAAAAAUCAUGAAGAUUUGCUCUAUAAUGGUACUGCAGUAAAGUAUUAUCGCAUACUUCAUACGGCUAAAUGACUACUUAAUAUUAAUGUUGAAGACUGUCUCAUCACUCAUUUGUCGGUACUUCUUUAUUCACAUGUUUCAUGCUUUAUUAAUGCAAAUCAGGUCAUGUUUAUUCAUGUGUGUGUGUGCAUGAUCGCUAUAUAAUUUUCCUUUAUACUUCAAGCAGAAAGGAUAGUAGCCCCCAUUGGCAAUAACCAUUAUAUUUGAAUAACUUUUUUUGUUUGCCCACAGUUGAAAACAGACACCGCAAUACAAUUCGAUCCAAAGAACACACAUCUGGUAAACAAUAAUUCUUAUAUUGUAAAUGCCCACGGCGAAUGUUACAUCACUUUAUGUUUAUGAGCAACAUCAGCCCCCAAACAUGCAUUAAACAUUUAUUUUCUUCUUAUUAAAAUUUAAAUAAACAAACAAAAAUAUGUUUGUGUUUAUAUGUAAAUUGUGGAGUUUUGAUAUACAGACUAUACCCAUGUACUCUAUACUGAAAAAGCAUGAUUUGCGCAUACAGUAUUGACGGUGACUAUUUAAAAAGCCGCAGCAGUCAGACGUCAUUGUACUAUUGCUUUACAGAGAACCGAUUCCUACGGCUCCUCUUACCCACUGAUGUUUAUAAAGACCCUUUCAACCUUCUGAAAGCCAUACGGCUGUGUCUCUAACCGGCUCGCUGACUGACAGCUUUGCUACUUACCCUCACAGAGGGCACAUAAGGGGGACUUUCAGUUUGUCUUGUUGCUUUUUUCUGGAAUAGAUUGUGAACGCAUCAGCGAGUAUUGUGCUGUGUUCAGGAUGAGCUGGAAUGACCCCCAUCUCUCCCUUUGUAUGCACUGUCAGGAUGCCUCCCAGCCCUGAGAGAGAGUGGAUGAGGCUGUAUAUUGUCACUAUGAUUCAUGGCAUGAAUCAAUCCCUAAUGAUGGAAUUUACGGAGGGGAAGAUCAAAGGAAAGAUGCUGGACUGCCUCGCAGCGCAGUGAAACUAUUGUGAUUCAUAUCCAUUUAAAAACUUCAAAUCAAUUUAAUGCAAAA